AUGUCGGACAUGGAUUAUAACAGAAGAAACAAGAACCCGAGACCACUCACAGAGUCGGAAAAGGCGCGCCUGGAGGAGUUCAUUGACUCGAUCCACUACUCAGCAAGGUACUCCGACAACGAAUUCGAAUAUCGACAUGUCCAGCUUCCAAAGAACAUGCUAAAGGCCAUUCCCAAGGAGUACCAUGAUUCCUCGAAAGGCACAUUGAAACUAUUGUGGGAGGAGGAGUGGAGGGCUUUAGGUAUUACACAGAGUCUUGGAUGGGAACAUUACGAAGUUCACGAGCCCGAGCCGCAUAUACUUCUAUUCAAGAGACCAAUCAACUAUGUUCCCCCAGGUCAAUAA